UUACUCCCUACAAGGAAAUCCUCCAGAUGUAUUGGGAGAAAGCAACAGGCUUUGUGAAUGCCCAGUGCGAUGGACUUGAACCUUGGCAACUGGUUGGGUUGACGUUUUCUUCUACGCUUAUAAGCGUAUGGCUGCAUGGCUUCCUCUUCCAGUCCGAAAGUUUAACAUCUCGAACUAAAAAACAGUUCUUUAAACUACUGAGAAAAAUGCCAUUUGUUGGGGCUAUAAUUCAGAAGAAGAUUGAUGAAGCCUUGAAUGAUGUCACUUCCAGCUUAUCCUUUCUGAAAGAUGAAAAGGAUUAUAUCAAAGUGCUGCCGGAACAAGGCAUGAGCCAGCCUGAAGUACUAGAGAAGAUGAAAGAGUACAGCUCGAAAGGAGAUGUACGUUGGCAGGAUGGGAAGGUCUCUGGGACUGUGUACAGUGGUGAAGAGAAACUCACCCAUCUGCUAGUGAAGGUGUAUGAAGAGUUUGCCUGGAGUAAUCCUCUCCAUCCAGAUAUAUUCCCUGGUUUGAGGAAGAUGGAAGCAGAAGUAGUAAGGAUUGCCUGUACGCUCUUCAACGGGGGCCCCAGCUCUUGUGGUGCUAUGACAUCUGGAGGGACUGAGAGCAUUCUGAUGGCCUGCAAGGCGUACCGGGACCUGGCUUACGAGAGAGGCAUCAAGCAGCCAGAAAUGUUGGUCCCGGUGAGUGCUCACGCAGCGUUUGACAAGGCAGCACACUACUUUGGACUGAAGUUGAUUCACAUACCGUUGACCAAGGCUAUGGAAGUGGAUCAUCUUCUCUCUUUCAAUCUUCAGGCAAUGAGGAGAGCUAUCUCGAAGAACACAGCUAUGCUGGUCUGUUCCGCUCCCCAGUUCCCGCAUGGAAUUAUGGACCCGAUUGAAGAGGUGGCAGAGCUUGCGGUGAAGCACAAAAUCCCCUGCCAUGUUGAUGCGUGCCUGGGUGGUUUUCUCAUUGCUUUCAUGGACAAGGCAGGGUUUCCUCUAAAGCAUCCCUUUGACUUCCGUGUAAAAGGUGUGACUAGCAUUUCUGCUGAUACCCACAAGUAUGGCUACGCUCCCAAGGGCUCCUCAGUGGUGCUGUACAGCGACAAGAAGUACAGGAGCUACCAGUUCUUUGUAGCACCCGACUGGCAAGGGGGCAUAUACGCCUCCCCCUCCAUGGCAGGCUCCAGGCCUGGUGGAAUCAUAGCUGCGUGCUGGGCAACCCUGAUGCACAUAGGGGAAUCGGGCUACAUUGAGGCUACGAAGAGGAUCAUUAAAACGGCUCGUUUCCUCGAAUCAGAGCUAAGAAAAAUGGAUGGCAUCUUCAUUUUUGGGAAACCUGAGGUGUCUGUCCUCUCCAUCGGUUCAGACACUUUUGACAUUUAUCGACUAUCUAAUUUCUUAGCGGCAAAAGGAUGGAACUUGAACGCCCUACAGUUCCCAUCAAGCAUUCAUCUCUGCAUUACGCAGUUGCACACAAAGUCUGGUGUUGCUGAACAGUUCCUGAAAGAUGUCAAAGACAGCAUUGAGGAGAUCAUGAAGGACCUCAACGCCAAGACCACGGGCAUGGGAGCCAUCUAUGGAAUGGCCCAGUCCGUCCCAGACAGAAGCUUGGUAGCGGAGAUUUCUCAGGCGUACUUGGAUGGCCUCUACAGCACGGAUGUUCCUUGCAGUGAAAAGCACAUGAACGGCUCUCCCGGCCACCACUGACUGUAGCGCAACAAUCGGUGCCUUGCCAGCUAGCACUGGGUGGUUCUAGAGGUUUCGUAGGGGAAGAGAUUGCAGUAAGCCUUUGUUCUUACAAUUGCAGGUCUGAUGGUGGCUUGAUCUUGAAAACUUCCUUCCCCAUCUUAGUCUGUUCUGAAAUCCGCAUUAUUUUCAUACCCAGCUUUAGUUUAAGGGCUUUUCUUGCCUUCCCCCUGCCUCUCUUCAUCAUGACUGUUGAUGGUGAAUUGAAUAUCCAUUCCACAACUCCAGAUUCCUCAGGUAUUCUGCGUGUCACUUCAUUCCUUGCUGUUUCUUCUCCUCAGACCUGGUAUUCAGUCGGUGUCCAGCCAAGUGUUAGAUUUGAGUUCUCAUGUUGUGUUCCAAAGCUUCAAUCUUCUCAGAAGUUGAAGGCAGAAAAUAAAUGGAAUAUUUUGUUUUCUUAUUUCUCCAAGCUACUGCAUUUAACAGACUUUGCUGGGAGCCUUAUAUCUA